CAUGAUACUGAUAUUAUUGAAAUAGCUUUGCAAGAAAUUGUAAAUGAAAGAGAGAGAAAUGCUACGCAAUAUGAUGAACUAGAAUUUCAAAUGUCGAGUGAUAAAGACCAAUUAGAAUUUCAAAUGAUGGGUGGUGAGAAACAAGAAUUUCAAGCAAUAAGUGAUGAAGAACAAGAAUUACAAAUGAUAAGUAGUGAAGAACAAGAAUUUCAAAUGAGUGGUGGUGAGAAACAAGAAUUUCAAGCAAUUAGUGAUGAGGAACAAGAGUUACAAAUAAUGGAUAGUGAAGAACAAGAAUUUUAA